UCGUACCAACCGCCGCAGAGAGAAUUUCCUUCCGUUGGUACACCUUCGAUACGGCAAUAUUUUCUUUUUUUUGUCUUUUAUAAUCCCCGUUCCAACGUUCACGUCGGGGAGCAUCGUCGACGUGUUGUUAAAAUAACAUUAAUUGACAUGGGUCUCUGCAAUACCGAGUGCGUGGAGAGGAUAGCGCAGUAUCUCGACGUUUCCCCGGGAAGGUUGGAAGUUUCUCACAAAAACGUAGCUUCCACCCGAGAACGCGAGGGAGGCGCGCAACCCGUCCAGGGCUUCUGCACCAUCGUACAGGAUCUGGCGAGGACCUCGGAAUACCCCGACAUCCUCGGUAGCGAGAGAGAAGUACAGGCUCUGACGCAGCAGUGGCUGGAGUACGCGAUAGUCUGCGCCAAUUAUGCGGACCUUUCCCAAAACACCAAGAGAAUACUGAGCGAGUUGAACACAUCGUUGACACACGUGCCCUACAUAGCCGGUACAGAAAAGACUAUCGCAGAUGUCACGUUGUACUACGUUUUACAUCCCGUAAUGAAAACUCUGAGCCAACCGGAGAAGGCACGGUACAUUCACGUGUCAAGGUGGUUUGACAAUAUUCAGCAAGAGGAUAAGCUAAGACGCGAAUUAGACUUGAUAUCUUUUAAUUUGUUACACUUGUUUCUGUAAUAUCGACACUCCAAAUUAAUGUGAAGAACACGGUGCUCCUUGCUCCUUAAUUGUCUACAAUUUGAGAGAAGAAAUGUGUUUCUUUAGGCGGAGUCGAGCUCGUCGACUGAAUUAGGUAGGAAGAAUAAACUUGUCAAGGUCAGAGGAAGCC